CAGCAUGCAUCCCUGCACAGUGAGUUUCAGCGGGAGACUCCUCGUGGUGUGUUUGUGGGCAGACUUCUCGUGGGAGGAAACAGUGUUCUGCAGUGAAGGGGUUACUGAGCGUGUCGCAGGGUCCCGAUCGAUGCCUCCUCUCCCACUCGUCGCCAUGAACAAAUGAAUUCGCGGGGAAUCAAAUAUCGAUUUCACAAAGGAGAGCGAGUCCUGUGCUUCGAACCAGACCCCACCAAAGCUAAAGUGUUGUACGACGCUAAGGUAACGUGCUAUGCUAGCUAGCGGCGCCUGUUAAAUGUAGCACAGACCAAUGAUCCGUAGAGGAAAAGCGGGGUUACUUCUGUAAAAUGUGGGACAUGCCAACCGACUCGUAGGCCUCGGAGAGAUCCGUCUCUAGCCCCUCAGGUUUCCGGGUCAUUGAUGUCUUGAUAUGUGCAGAUGAACAUGGAAGAAUAAUCCCAAAGUAUUUCAUUCACUUCAAUGGUUGGAACAGAAGCUGGGAUCGUUGGGCUGCAGAGGACCAUGUCCUAAGGGACACAGAGGAAAGCCGUAAAUUGCAGCGUAGACUGGCUCGCAAAGCCCUCGGUCGCAUGAAGAGAAAAGGAUGGUCGAAGAGGCGUCGUCGUCAGUCUGGCACUAAAUCUUCUCUGAAGACUCUCCCUAAGGAGGACGACAGCGAUGACGCAUGUUUGAUUUCGUCUUCGGAGAGCAGUGACGGCGACGAUUCUGACCCUGAAUCUUCCAAUAGUGGGGACAGCACUUUCUCUGAGGAUAUCAACAAAAUGAGGGUUGAAGCAGACAUUAAUGUCAAAAGGGAAUGUGAGGAGAAGAUUGUCCAUAUCGACAUCAGCAUCCCAGAUGUUCUGAAGAAGAAACUGGAGGAUGACUGCUUCUACAUCAACAAGAGGAAAAAGCUGGUGAUGGUGCCCUGUCAGAUGAAUGUCGUGCAUAUCCUGGAGUCGUACGUGAAACACUUUGCCAUCAACAAAGCAUUCAUGGCUAAUGAGAGGUUCCGGCGGCAGCAGAACACCUCACAUAGCAGCAGUCCCCAGGCAAUCCCUCCAGAGAAGAGCGAGGAGCUGUGUAAGGAGAUGGUUGACGGCCUGAGAAUCACGUUUGACUUCACCUUACCCAUGAUCCUCCUCUAUCCCUGUGAACAAGCUCAGUUCAAAAAGGUCAGCUCGUCCAGGCUCUUUCUGGCCAUGAAUGAAAGCUCCCCAUGCUCCAGCAACACCCAGCGGGAGCGCAGCCCGAGCCCGUUGGGACACAACCCCCUGACUCCUCAGUCUACGGACAGCCAGCCGGCACUAAGCGACAUCUCUGCCACCACACCCACGGCCCCAGCACCCACACCAAAGCGCCGGCGCCACCCUGACAUGGACUGUAUCUCAUACCAGUCCCAGUCACUCAGACGCUCCACCAGGAACACGUCUGGAGGCGACCGACCAGCUGAGGGAAGCAGCGGAGGUGGAGGCAGUGCCACAGCGUCCCCACAGCUCAAACAGCGCCUCGUCGACACCUCGGCCCAACCCAAGUUCUUCCUCAAUCUCGACAGAAAAACCCCAGUGCACAGUGGCUCAUCUUCCCCACUGCCCUUGACGCCGAGCAAAGAGCGAAGCGGGCCAUUCUACGGCAUGGAGAGCCGGAGAAACAACGAACUUAAUGAGGUCCUAAGUUGGAAGCUAACUCCUGAUAACUACCCUCUGAACGACCAACCUUCUCCACCAUCCUACCUGUACGGAUCACAGCACCUCUUGCGGCUCUUUGUGAAGCUUCCUGAGAUCCUGGGAAAGAUGCAGAUCCCUGAGAGGAAUCUCCGAGCCCUGGUCAAACAUUUGGAACUGUUCCUCAGGUUUCUGGCAGAGUUCCAUGAGGAUUUUUUCCCUGAGUCUGCAUAUGUGUCAGCUUCCGAGGCCCACUACAGCAUGAAACAGCCGAGGCCCGUUUACUGAAGGAGACAUUAGCCAUUGCCUUUCCUUCCCUUGCUUUGUUUCCUUCCCUUGCUGUGUUUCCUCCUGCUGGUCAACAUUAACCUGCCUGCGCUCGCGCACAGAGGGAUAAUACAAUAGCAGCUUUCUCCUGAGCUGCGCUUCGUCCCUCACUAACAUUCGUUUUCCUCCAGUUGCCUUGUGGAUCGCCUUGCUUCUUCUACCAUGCCUCUAACCCUCGUCUGAUCCUAAUUUAUGGUUCUGCUUAGAUUCAAAGCACUGCUCCAAGGCAAGUUGAGUGCCGUGUGCUGGCUAUCUUUUUGUGGGCCGCAUAUAAGGUUUAAUUCUUUCCAAACCUAUCCUCAUUUUUGUUACCUGGCUUACGCCGCUCUCCAGACCGGCUGGGAAGUUCCUCAGCCUCUCAAAUAUUGGAGGCUGGCAAUAACAAAACAGUUUUGAAUCUCUCUGAUGUGGAAACGGACACAAGCGGCACAACUUUGCAAAGGCUUUUUUCUCUCUUUCGCUAUGACCUUUCCUCUUCAUAGCCAAAGUUUUGGAAUAUUGUGGUUCUUUCGUACAUGGGAGAAAAAUUUGAAAAGUCCUGUCGCUCUGCUCUGCCUCUGGAUUCUCUUUGGGGUAUUGCCUGCUGUUUGGCCUGUUUUGGAAGCUUGGCCCCUCACUGUAGUGAGCUUCUCAUGCAGUGCCGCCAGUUUACGAUCCCUCCAAAGAUACAGUGGGACCUGCUCUUCCUCUUUUGGAGUAUUUAGAUUUUCCUGUUUGUUGCUCAUUCCUCCUGUGAAUUUCUGAUAAAUGUCUUUGUGCUUUUAAUUUGACUAUGUUGUUCCUGUCCCUCCCAUUUUAGCUUCCGUCUGACAGGAAGAAUAAACGGCAACAGUGAAAGUAGAUGCAUUUCCACAUAUCUAUUUAUAAAGACAUAUCUUAAUACACAGUUAAAGAUAGAGGCAGUUCACUUCAUUAAUUAUCAGAAAUAUUAAAUUAUCCCAUAUCACAAACAAAGGUUACAUACUUUUACACAAACUGAUGCUGUUUGCUAAACAUUUCAUAGGAAAUAAUUGAAAAUUGUCUCAUGAUGUUGUAAACAUGUAAAUACAAAAACUCCUGUUGGGUCAUAUGUUAUUUAAUUUUCCUCUCACACAAUUGAAGGUUUCUCUUGUUAUUUUUAUUUCAUUUCAAUAAUUUCCCGUUUUGUUUCUGUCAUGUUCUGUUCGUCUUUAUCGCUCAAUAAGUUGAGAUGAUACUUCAAUAAAGAUUUUCUAAAACUUG